AUGGAUUUCAGAAAUGAUGAUUUACACAUAGUCACUUAUCUCUCAAGGUGUUUAAGCGAAGCGCUUCAAAACUCAAAGAAUAGAACUUCUAAAAUUGAAGAGUCGUUAAAGAAAAUUUCCAAAUAUACAGAUUCUAAUACAGAUCAACUAUUCAGACAAGAACCUGAUAAAGACCACUACAUCUCUAAGAAAUGGGAGCAAGUUCUUCAACAAAAUGAGAAUGUGCUUGAAACAGUCAAGGAAUGGAUCAAUGAAAACCCUGAACUACUUACGAAAAAUGUUCUUGACCUAGAAGAUCAAUUGAAUGACCUAAAGCUCCAAUAUAGAAACAGCAGAAUAGGUGUAUUGAAUGAUGUCAAAAUCUCUGAACAUAAAAUUGAGCUAGUCUAUGGUGCUUUGCAAAGCAUUUUAAAAGAAAUGGAAUCCAGUGAAAGCACCAAGCAACAAUACAUUAACAAAAGAGAUGAAUUGGUCAAGGCUAUAGCAAAAUUAGACCGUCAGCUGAACAUAUAA